AUGAAGAAACACAAGACCGAAGUAACCUUUCCGAUCACUUCUCAAAGUCCGAGUUUUUCUCAUAAAUCAAGAUCAUCAAAAAGUAGUCAUAGGAGCGGGUCUUCAACCAUUCAACAACAUGUACAUUUGCAUCAAGUUGUAGAAGAAAAGAAAUCAAAAUACAAUGACGAAGAUGAUGAGGAUGAUGAUAUGGAGGUCAUGUCUGUAAAUGAUCAACCUCAAUUUCUGAAUCAUACAACAGGAAAAAACAACCUUUCUCAAAAUUCAGAGUCAAGGGAAUCAAACAAAUUGGUGAAAAGUAUUAAUGCUAGUAUUAAAAAGUAUUCAUCUUCGGAUGUAAAAAACUCGGUCCAUUCUUCAAAAGGGUCCUUGGCUUCAUCCAAAGAUUUGCAUGUUUCGGAUGACACAAUUCCUCUAAAAUUGAAAAAGAAACCAAAUUCUGAUCCUUUUGAAGAUGAACAAUUGCCAACACACAUCGACAUGGAAGAGAACUAUAUUGAAGAAGAUUUUAGUCACGAUGAAGAAGAAAGUGUCACUAACUCCAGCAACUCCCUCCAUAUUCUCACAACAGUACGGCAAAAACUAGGUAAAGGUCAAGUAGCGAAUUCAAAUAAGGAUAAUAAAGAGAAGCCGUCGAAAAUGGCAGAAUACAUUAAGAGGUUUAGAACAGCUCCUCCCACUAAACGGAGUGAAAGAAAACGGUUAGACGAAAAUGAGAUUGAAGAAAAUAUUGAGACUCCAAAAAUGGAACAGAAUUGGAAGACGAAAUUUGUGACUGAAUCAAACGACAAUAUUCAUCCAUCAAUUUUAAACAUUAGAAAUCUAAAAGAGAGUAUUAAGAAUGAGAUUAGGGAAGUGGACGAUGAUAUAAGAAUGGCUAGACGACACAAACCCUCUGAAGUCUACGAUCAAGACUUGUCACCACAGGUGUUUUCUCUUAAGGAAAAGUUUUCCUAUAUUGACACUCUUGAUGUUGAUAUUGCUGAACUAAAUAACAUGACUGACGAGGCCUUAGAGAACGGCUCGUUUCAUCUUUUUAAUGAGGAAGAAAGAAAGAAAACUAAUUCCACAGCCCAGAACUCCAGUGUAUUAAGCAAAAACACCACAGAUAGUGAAGAAGAUUAUGAAGAUUUGUUUGAGGAAAAUAUUAGAACCAGAUUGAAAUCAAUAGGGUUGUCAGACUCCAUUUUAGGUAUUGACCAUCUUCGAGGAGAGCUUUCGUUGGAAAAGAAAGCUGACAGCCUCAUCAAACAAAAGGAAAAAUCUAUAGUCUCAAUCGACCCCAAAGACAUUUUGGACAAAGAUGAUAGAGACUCCCUUUACAAUAGCGCAACAAACACGUCGAAAAUCAGUUCUCAGAAAUUGGUCACAUCUGUAAUUCAAACGAGUGAGCCAAGAGGUGGACCGACCAACGAGGAAAAUACAAAUCAGAAGCUCAGAGAUCAGCAACAAAGUAAGGAUAAUAACGUCCAAGUAAUCCCAGCAACUCAACAAAACAAAAGUUCCACAAACAUUGAAAGCAUUUUAGGACAAUCACUGCAAUCUAUAUCAUCUGUAACCUCUUUGAAUGAUAAUGACAUCAGUAUUGGUGGUUGUCAACGAAUGAUCGAAGAAAUGGUCACCUCCCAAGAUUUUUCUCCAAAUCUGUCACAACCUAUUGACAUUAACGACGACAAUCAUGAACUAUUCACUUCAGACUACAUUUGCCAAACAUUAAGACAAAAAAUUGAAUUCUUGAAAAAGAAGUUACUGGAGCUAGAAGCACAAAGGUAA